CAGUUGGACAGCAUCAUGUGCAAAAGCCUCGAUUUGGUCGAGCAGAAGGUGCCGUCGAUGUAUCUUCCGCCAGAAAUGAUGUUUUGGAACACCAAGGAGUACAUGUCCGAUCAUCUGAUGAAACCAGUCCUGUCGCGUGCAAACUCGAUGAAGAACCUAGGACACGCCGUGCUGGAAUCACGCGUGUCUAAUUAUGCCGCCGGUCGGAUCGAUGGUGCGCUGGUUGUUUGCGACAAAUACGUCGAGCGAUACCUGCCCACGGAGCCGCAGGAUCAAGUUGACUCAGGGAACGCCUUUGCAGGCACGUCCAGACCAGCAUGCCUAUCAUCAGAUUUUGGUGACCCUUACGACCCCAAAAUAGAUGAUAGCACUGCACGCCAUCAAUCAUUGCAUGUUGAUUGUGCGGCCAAACAUAAUGCUGCAGCCGACUUCGUUAGGCCUUCCGGAGCCACCUGUCCAGCGAAUAACACAAAUGAAAUGCACGUGGUGCAAACAUUUCACCGAGGUCAACAGUUCUCUCGUAAGCUCAAGCGACGGUUGACAUUCCGCACGCGCCAGGAAUUAAGUGCACUCAAGAAGCAGAGCACGGAGGCUGUCCACGUAGUCGCGUAUGCGGCCGAACUGAUCGCAACCAACCCCCGGCUGGCGAUGCAAAAAGCCGUCGAACUAUGGCACUACCUGAGCAAGGACGAACCGGAAAACCAGGCCCGCCCCCAGACCCUCGAACAGCUUGCUGUACUGUUGACUCGUGAAUCCGCUCGUAAGAUGGUACAUCUGAUCAAUUUUGUCACCGGUGCCGUAACACGCGUUCCGAAGCUGGUUCGAGCACAGACUCGCGAAAUCGUGCACCACUUCCUGUUUGCAACCGACCAGCUAAUGAAGACGGUGCAUCUCGAGAAGGCCAAGGCAGCGACCCUUUCGGAGGCGAGCGGAUUGAUGCACAAAAUACAGCACACCUACGAUGAUCUGCAGAACCAAACAAACCUUGCGCUGCAUGGUCAGCUAUCGCUGGCGAACAUAGAUCGGCACGAUUUUAUCCAUUGGCUUUUGUUGAAAUUGGAACGCUUGGCAGUUUUUCUCUCCGGAAGCCUGGAAGCAGAGAAGAUCACCACCAGCGGAAAUCCACGUCGGCGUAUCCAAACCCGGCCAAACAACAAUCCGAUGAAUUCGAAUAUUAACGGCGUGUACUAG